UCCAAACUAUUUCAGCACGUAAGUAAGCGCUAUCUGCAUUACAACUAUCGCCUUCGAAACGGAAUUGACUGGCCUUUCAUCUCAUAGGCGGCCAUUGUACGCCUCUACGAUGCCGAUGCGCCUGCCUUUUGGGAAUCGCACUUCAGUGGCUGACGAGGCGGUGCCGAUCCUAGCUGUUAUGUCCACUGCAAUUGCCCAUGUUCACAGUCAGGGUAUUGUGCACAAUGACGUCAAGCCAGCGAACAGUCUCUUCGAACGCAUUCGCAAUGAUGUUCUCAUUGACCUCGGCCUUUCGUCCGAACUGAAGGACACCACUAUUCACGUUGGUAGCUCACCGUGGUACGUCCGGCCCGAGUAGGGUAUCAAUGGUAAACGAGGGGCUUCGCCCUAGGAGUUGUAAUGCUUUUUGUGUUGAGGGAGAUUCCCCUCCCAGACUUGCGGCCCGGACUGAACUGGGUGAUUGCCGGCGUGGGGAAAGGAGGAUCACGGAACACAGCUUGGGAUACUGUUAUGGGCCCAGCCCUCGUGAAGCAACGCAGGGGUGAUUCAGUAUAUAGAAUCUA